AGUGCCUCUAGCGGAAUAUAUGAGAAGUGCAGGUUGCUCAGCUGAGUGUGGCAGUUUUCACCAUGCCGCUUGUAGUUUUAUGCGGCAUCCCUUGUAGCGGAAAAAGUAGGCGAGUUGAAGAGCUAAGAAAGCACGUCGAAAGUACGACCGAUCGGCCCGUGCACGUCGUAAGCGACGAAAGUGUUGGAAUCGACAAAAACGCCGUGUAUGCAGAUUCCAGACAAGAAAAAGAUGCCAGGGCUAAGCUUAAGUCUGCCACAGAGAAGAAACUUACCAAGGAAACAGUUGUGAUUUUAGAUUCCUUAAACUACAUAAAAGGUUACAGAUAUGAGCUGUUCUGUCUGAUCAAACUUCUUCAGACACCACACUGUGUGAUCCACUGUGACACCAACCCGCCUGUAGCCUCACAAUGGAACCAGGAGAGAGAGCCAUCAGAACAGUACACACAGGAAAUAUUUGACGGUCUCGUGAUGAGAUUCGAACCCCCUGAAUCCAGGAACCGUUGGGACUCACCGCUCUUCACCAUACAGACAGGAGAUGAGCUGCCCUGUCAGGAUAUCUGUGAUGCCAUCUUCCACAGGAAAGCCCCUCCUCCUAACCUCUCCACACAAACUCAACCUCUGUCAUCUACCAACUUCCUACAUGAGCUGGACAAGAUCACACAGGAGGUUGUUAAUACCUUACUAGAUGCCCAGAAGACUGCUGUACCAGGAGACUACAUCCACAUACCAGGAGCUGCAGACAAAAUCUACCUGAGCCACGUUGUGAGUGCCCCAGAACUGAGGAGACAUCGCAGACAGUUUAUAACCUACACCAAGAUGCACCCUGUAGACGACACCUCCAAACUAGCCAACAUCUUUGUGCAAUAUCUCAACAACAGCAUCAAGUAGAUAACCUUCCACCUGCUAAUGUAGCCUUUUGGCACCACAUUUGCAUAAGUUAUUGGGUUAGGCAGCAGGGAGAAAGUUAACUGUAUUUUGGCAAGUCCUCAGAAGUGGAGCCAAUAGUAGGUCGACAUAUGAUGAAAUCACAAAUAUUAGUAUUUUUUUUAGAGCAUUGCGAUUCAUACAGCAACAAGACAUGCUAUGUGCUACAUAUGUAAGUAAAGAUGUGAAAGUCUCCUUUGCAAUAUUUAAUUCACUGAUUUUCCCUGCAGAGUAAUAUCAAGUCGGACGCAAAGUUUCUUGUUUUGAUACUUCUGUCUGAAAUCUUAAUUUUGAGUUAGUUUUGUGUUAUUUCUAGUCAUCUUACUGAUUUGGUAUGUUUAGAUAA